UAAUUAAUCUGCCAGUUUUUUUAAUCCAGCUCAACAAUUAUCGCCACAUAAUAAGUGUCUAAUAUCACACAAAUUUUAAUGUUAAUUUGUACUACUAAGCCAUGGACUUAAAAGCAGCACCCACAUCCAUCAAAAAGUUUCAUGAAGUUUAUGGUGUAGUACAAAUUCAGAUAAAAAAAUUUGAUGUGCCUCAAUUUGGAACAAAAACUAAUAAUAAGACACCAACAUCAUCUUCUUCUAAAAACUCUCCAGAUGAAAAGGAAUACAUGAAAAACAGAGACAAAGUAUUACGUAUUAUUAAUGAACCACAAACUGGAAGCACAUCUAAGUUAUUGACUCUUAAUAGCCAAAUAAAUUAUUUAAGUAAAACACAAGGCUAUACCUAUACCAUUCCAUUUGUGAUACGUUCAACAUACUCCUACUGCCCAGCCGAAAUAUUUGAAUCUCUACUUUUGGGUGAUGUACUAAAAUAUAUUAACAGUGUGAUGUACAAGGAACAAGUACCAGCCAUUCUUGCAAAACCAGGCGAAGUAAAGGCCCUGUCUCAAUAUAUGCUGUGGAAAAAAAUUAUAAUACCGGAUGAGUGCAAGAUAAUCGUUGAGCUGGAAGAUGUGAAACAUUUCUACAGAUAUAUUGAGUACUGUCUUACAAUAAAUAGGAAGGACUUCUAUGAUAACAAUUGCGGAUUCUUGCGUAUUAAUGAUGUUCAUGUAGUUCCUUAUAUAUCGCGUGAUGAGGAAUGUUAUGUUUCUGCAUUCUUUUUGGAUGAAAAACGAUUUCAACUACGCAACUAUAUAGUGGUCCUUACCGACGAAGAAUGCCUUUAUAUGAGAGCUAACUUUAUAAUAAUGAACAAAGAGUCAUAUUUACAUGAAGUAGCAUUUGCUAUCAAUUUAAAACAUUUGGGAAAGAUUUUCAGUUAUGUUAUCGCUGAGAGGUAUAUACCUCGUGAAGUAAGAAAUUUCAACAUGUGGGAUAAAGCUCAUGCAAAGGAUUAUGAAAGACUAUCUUGGUGCGAUUUAAAGAAAAUAAAUGCGGAAAUUGAAAGUCAUAAAGAGGUUGAUGACGAUGAAAAUGAAAAUGAUAAUUAUAAUCAUAAAGAUGUAAAUGAUGAUGAAAAUGAAAAUAAUAAUAAACAUAACGAUGUAAGUGACGAUGAAAAUGAAAAUGAUAACAAUAAACAUAAAGAUAUAAGUGACGAUGAAAAUGACGACAAUAAUAGGGAUGAUUAUGAUGAAGAUAAUGGAGAUGAUAAUAAAGAUAAUAACUGAGAUAAAAUGUAGAUGAUAAUGGAGAUGGUAUGAUGAAGUCUACGAUUAAUUGACCUCUGUGCUUAUACAAAUUAUAGUUCCUUAUGUAUUUAAUUACAAUGCUACUAUAAACAGUUUCUAUUACUACAACAUGACAACAGAGUCUGGAAUUAAUUGAUUUAUUUAUCUUUCAAUUAUGUCUUACAUAUAUAGAACACAUUAUAAAAACAUAUGAGAUGGUCUAUUAAUUAUUUCAAGCUAUGUAUAUUUAUAAAUACUACUCAAAUAUCUGAAAUCUACCUAUAAAAUAAACACAUAUAACUAAUAUA